AUGGGUCUCUACAACUUCACCUACCGGACCUAUUCCCCGGCCAACAAAGUCGUCAAUGUCGAAUUCGACUCCUUCGUGAAUGCAGUUUGGGAUCCUCCGUUCCGCCACGUUGGGAUCAACAACAACUCCAUUUCUUCCGCGGUAUUUGCUCCCUGGGAGGUCGAUUCGUUCUCUGCGAACCCAAUCGUGGUGGAAAUCAACUACACGGCCAGCACCCACAAUCUCUCUGUGUCUUGGAAUUACGCCUCUGUUCUAGACCAGAGUUCGAGUCUCUCCUAUCGAAUCGAUCUGCGGAAAGUUCUGCCGGAAUGGGUCGCCGUUGGGUUUACUGCUACCACAAAUCAAUUCCCAGGGGAUCAGGAGCUUUUGUGGUGGAAUUUCAGCUCCACCCUGGAAAUCAACCAGAAGGAUGUGGCAAAUAUCGAGAGGAAAGUCCUCCUGGUUCUUCUUGCUGUGCCAUUAGGGUUCGCCGUAGCAGCAAAAGUGAUUGCGGAUGGCGUGGGUCGGAGCCGGAAGAAGAAGGAAACGAUUGAAGGAGUGAGUUUGUUGUCCAUCAAUGUCGAAUUCUCCAAAGGCGCAGGUCCCAGGUGGGUUCCCUACAACGAUCUCGUCUCGGCCACGAACAACUUCUCAAUCGACAGGAAAUUGGGGGAAGGAGGGUUUGGAGGGGUUUACCGAGGGUUUCUCAAGGAUCUGGAUAUCCCAGUUGCCGUGAAGAAAUUCUCCAGGCGUUCUGCACAAGGGAUCCAGGAGUACAUAACUGAAGUGAAGGUGAUCAGCAGGUUAAGGCACAGAAAUCUGGUGAAACUCAUAGGCUGGUGCCACGAGAGAGGCGAAUUCUUGCUUGUUUACGAGUUCAUGCCAGAGGGCAGUCUCGAUUCACACCUCUUUGCAAACUGUAUCAGCACCGGGAGCCAUCCUCUUCGAUGGCCUGAAAGGUACAGAGUAGCUCUGGGCUUGGCCUCUGCUUUGCUCUACCUUCAUGAAGAAUGGGAGCAAUGCGUGGUUCACCGCGACAUCAAAGCAGCUAAUGUUAUGCUCGAUUCCGGAUUCAACGUCAAGCUUGGGGAUUUCGGGCUGGCUCGACUGGUUGAUCAUGAGCUGGGACCUCAAACGACGAGGUUGGCUUACAUUAGCAACGGAAGAGCUAGCAAGGAAUCGGAUGUAUACAGCUUUGGGGUGGUGUGUUUGGAGAUUGUCACGGGAAGGAGAGUGGUUGAUUACAUCGAGGACGGCCUGGAGAUGGGUUUGGUUGAAUGGGUUUGGGAACUGUAUGGGAAUGGGAAUCACAGUGUCGCCAUUGACGGGAGGCUCGUGGAAUUCGACGAAAGAGAAGUGGAAUGCUUGAUGGUGGUGGGUUUGUGGUGUGCUCAUCCUGAUUCAUCACAGAGGGCGUCGAUCAGGCAGGCGAUUCAGGUUCUGAACUUCGAAGCACCGUUUCCAAGUCUUCCAGAGAAGAGGCCGUUCCCAGUGUUUCAUGUGCAUACGGCCUCGUCAAGUAGUGAAGAGUCUGACCAACCAUUGUUAUCAUAUUCGACUAUUGAAUUGGAUAGCAGGUGA